AAUAAAAAAGAAACAGAAAACCCCGAGCCAACACGUUUCUCCUCGUCAGGAAUGGCCCUCUCUCUCUCCUCCUGGUCUUCUCCUGCUGCUUCGUUUCUCUCUCCGCCUCGGAGAUUCCUUAUCCCUUCCUUCCAGCUCCAUGCCUCUGCUUCUUCUUCCAUCCGUCCUCCGCCCAAGGUCGUCCUCACAAGGGAGCUCGGCAAGAACGGCAAGCUCAUCGAUGCUCUGGCAAAACAUGGCAUACCUUGCCUGGAAUUUCCUCUCAUUGAGCAUACACAAGGGCCUGAUUUAAAUAGGCUUUCUAUUGUAUUAAGUGACUCUACCUUUGAUUGGAUUGUCAUAACCUCUCCGGAAGCAGGAUCGGUGUUUCUUGAUGCGUGGAAGGCUGCUGGAACUCCGAAUGUUCGAGUCGGCGUGGUCGGAGCUGGUACAGCAAGCAUAUUUGAAGAAGUAAUGCGAUCACCCCAACGAUCUCUUAAUGUUGCCUUUUCUCCAUCAAAAGCUACAGGCAAGGUUUUAGCUUCAGAGCUUCCAAAGUAUGGGAAUAGAACUUGCACUGUCCUGUAUCCUGCUUCUGUGAAGGCUAGUAAUGAAAUAGAGGAAGGCCUGUCAGAUCGUGGAUUUGAGGUCACAAGGCUGAAUACAUACUCCACUGUACCGGUUCGUAAUGUUGACCAAACAUUUUUAACACAAGCUCUUUCUGCUCCAGUUGUUGCAGUGGCUUCGCCUUCUGCGAUCCGUGCUUGGGUUAAUCUUAUUCCGAAAUCAGAGAGCUGGAACAACUCUAUUGCUUGUAUUGGCGAGACAACUGCACUGGCUGCGAAAAGAUCAGGCUUGAAGAAUGUGUAUUAUCCAGAAAAUCCUGGUGUGGAUGGGUGGGUCGACAGCAUUAUGGAAGCCUUGAGAGUGCAUGAUCAGCUAUGUAAGGCAUUGGUUAGUUGACAAAGAGCACAGGUGCAGGACACUGGAAAUCUCUGACAUUGCAAAAGACCGCCUUUAGAUGGCCGGUUCAUGCAAAAAACAAGGAGGGCCGUUGGAUCAAGGAUCUUGGCAGUACGAGGCUUCAAGGCAACCACUCAUCUGUGUAUAGUAGAAUCCCAUUAAUGUUUCAGUAUAUGGUGAAACUAAUGGAGAUUCAUCCGAAGUUGACGUGGGCAUCGGAAUGAUAACAUGGUAGGUGAGACCGGCCCACUGUUAUGUCUUUCUUGAUUUGUAGAGUUAUUUCUACCUAUUUCCCUGUACAAAUCAAGUUUGUGUAGCAAACGUGCAAUUUCAUAAUGUUAGGAGAUUCUUAUGUAAUUCAUCCCA